AUGGAGAAAAUAUAUGUGACAAUCCGAACAUCAUCAGACCCUAUCGCAGGAUCAUACAACACGCUUUGGAUCUCACUGAUUGGAUCUCAGUCAAAGUGUCCACCAUUUAGAGCUACUUCAGACAAAGGGGAGCUCUUGGCUGGCUCAACUUACACUGUCAAGAUCAAGCCUGAUGCGAACAUAGGCAAUGUUGUUCUUGUACGUUUGAGACUUGAGGCUCGGCCAGGCUUCCCCGAUCUUGCCUGGCACUGUCUGGACAUUCAGGUGAAGCUGACUGCUAAUGCCACUGAGGUGGGGUGCUUUCCAUGUCACAGAUGGAUCAAAAGUUCAGAUGGUGAUGUGGUACUGCGCAGUGACAGAGUGUGCCUGCUAAAUUGGGAGUCACUGCAGAUACUGAAAGACCACCGUGCCAAAGAGCUGAAGAGUAAACAACAACACAUCAGAUGGAAAACUUUUUUGGAGGGCACCAUUCGUUGCAUAGACAUGACCAGCGUCCAGGCUCUUGAUCCAAACUUAAGUUUUACCCGGCAAAGCCCAAGCCUUAACUUACACUACCUGAGGGGAUUUACUGACCGAGCAGAAUCCUGGAAAAGCCUGGGUGAACUAGAGAUGCUAUUUCUUUACAACGGACAAGACAAUGCUGUAGCCAAGUACGUUCAGGCUCACUGGAGAGAGGACAAUUUUUUUGGUUAUCAGUGUCUUAACGGAUGCAACCCUCUACAGAUCAGACAGAUCCACAGUCUUCCACCUAACCUAGCUGUCACAUCCGAGAUGCUCAGGGGUUUCCUACCACUGUGUUCUUCUUUAGAGCAGGAGUUGAAGAAAGGAACUAUAUUUCUUCUGAACUAUGAGAUACUUGAUCAGUUGCCUGCAAAUGUUAUUAAUGGCAAACAAUCGUACCUGGCUGCUCCUCUGUGCCUACUGCACUACAACCAACAUGAAGAGCUAAAACCCAUUGCCAUCCAGCUCCAGCAGACUCCUGGCCCUCUAAACCCAUUGUUCCUGCCCUCCGAUCCUGCACCUGACUGGCUGUUAGCAAAGAUUUGGGUCCGUAACGCAGAUUUUCAGGUUCACCAGCUGCUCUCCCACUUCAUGCGCACUCACCUGGUGGGAGAAGUGUGCUGCAUUGCCACCCUCAGGAAUCUACCAGAAGUACACCCUCUGCACCAGCUUUUGGUGCCUCAUAUAAAGAACACUCUUCAGAUCAAUAUCCAGGCUCGGGGCUAUCUUCUGGACGCUAAUGGUGUAUUUGACAAGGCCAUAGGUUGUGGCCUGAAAGCAGCACCUAUCCUCCUUGCUCGUGGAACACAACAAUUGCAUUAUACUUCACUGUGUGUACCGGAUGACCUGAAAGAACGAGGGGUGGACAAACUGCCAAACUGUUACUAUGCACAGGAUGCUCUGAGGGUGUGGAAUGCACUUUACAGGUUUGUGGUAAACUGGGUGGACCUGUAUUACCCCGAUGACCAGGAAGUCCAACAUGACUCAGAGCUCCAGAACUGGAUUAAGGAAAUCCAUGUGGAGGGAUUUCUUGGCCUCACGCACACAGGUUUUCCACAGUCAUUUAAGACAAAAUUGGAAUUAAGCAAGUUCAUCACCAUGAUGAUGUUCACCUGUUCAGCCCUGCAUGCAGCUGUCAACUUUUCUCAGGUGGAUUUUAACUUAUGGAUGCCCAACUGCCCAGCCGCAAUGUGCCGGCCCCCUCCUAAUGCAAAAGGCUUAGUGACAGAAGAAGAGAUUUUGUCUUUUCUUCCGGAUGUGAACAGUACUUGCAAUGUGCUCCUCGUACUGUCCAUGCUAUCACAGCCAGCAGUUAACUUUGUGCCCUUGUGCCAGUACCGUGAGUGGUACUUCAGAAGUGGUGACCAUCACAGGCUCGUGGAGAUGGUAUUAAAAGAGCUAGGAGCCAUUGCUGAUGACAUUAUCAAAAGAAACAGCAAACUGAUGCUUCCAUACCCCUACCUCUGCCCAGAUUACAUUGAAAACAGUGUGGCUAUCUGAGUGCAGUAAUAUAAACCUUUAUGUUAUAAGUUCAGUUUAAACAUGAAAAAAAAACUUGCUAUUCUAAGUUCAGACAACUGGUCUGUUGAAUGCUGAUAUGAAUUUUUGAACAGUUGCAUUUGCAUGAACUUGCUUUUAUAUUACAGAAUGUGUAUGUAUGUCUUUAUUAGUGAUGCAAACUUCUGCCAAUUUGUUUUUAUU